AUGCCUCAGAUCAAAGUUGGUGACUACCUCUUCCGCCGUCUUCACGAGCUCGGCAUCCGCUCAGUUUUUGGUGUCCCAGGAGACUACGAGCUCGCCCUCCUGGAUCUCGUCACUGACAACGACCUCGCCUGGAAAGGCAAUCCCAAUGAACUCAUCUCUUCUUACGCAGCAGAUGGCUAUGCUCGUGUCCGUGGUGCGGGAGCCUUUGUCACCACCUUUGGUCCCGGUGAACUCUCCGCCUAUUGCGGUAUGGCUGGUCACUACGCGGAAUUUGUUCCUGUUGUGCAUAUUGUUGGCUACCCAACUGUCGAUGCUGUUCACAACAAGAGAAUCAUGCAUCAUAGUCUUGGCAACGGGAAAUUCGACAUGUACGAGAACAUGGCUAAGCACAUCACCGCUGCGACUGUUGUGAUCAACUAUGCGCCUACUGCUGCCCGGGAGAUCGAUGAAUCGCUUACUACUAUGAUGCGUGAGAGCCGGCCUGUCUAUAUAGGACUCAGCGUUGAUAUUGCGUACGAAAUGAUCGACGCUGAAGGUGCUGUGCGCAACGGUGUCCUUGAAGAAUCGCAUGAGUUGAUCAAGUUGACCAACCUCCCAACCUUUACCACCGCAAUGGGAAAAGGAGUUCUUGAUGAAGCCAUUCCCCAGUUCGCAGGUGUCCACUCCGGCGCUGGCACUCUGCCCGCAGUCAAAGAGGCACUUGAAUCUGUUGACACGGUCAUUUGGAUCGGAAAUUAUCCUUCCGAUUUCAACACGGGCGAGUUUACGACUGUUGUAAACCAGGAUGCCAUUGUGAUUGACCUCCAACGUUUCACGGUCUCUAUUGGCAAGACCCAGUACCCGGUCUCAAUGAAGCAUGUUCUUCAACGCCUCGUCUAUUCUCUUCGUUCGAAUCCAGUUUCUAUUGCUUCACGACACGUCACUUGGGAUCCUUAUCCAAAGUUCAGCUUUCAAGCCGGCGAUGAGCUCAAGCAAGAUUUUCUCUGGGGCGCACUAAGCUCCUUCUUUCGACCCGGAGAUAUCAUCAUUGGUGAGACCGGUACCUCCGCUUUCGGCCUGUGCGACACCAAACUCCCCAGCGGUGUGAUGAUGUUCAACCAAACCGUAUAUGGAAGCAUUGGGUAUGCAACUGGCGCCAUUGUUGGAGUUGGUCAGGCUAUCAAGGAGAGCGAAGGGAAAUGGAAGAGGCCUGUCCUCGUCACUGGAGAGGGCUCCAUGCACCUCACUAUCCAGGCUAUGGCAGAUAUGCUGCGUUGGGACCUCAAGCCAAUCAUAUUCGUGCUCAACAAAGGCGGAUAUACAGUCGAGCGUCUCAUCCACGGCAAGGAAGCCUUCUAUAAUGAGGUCGCAGUUCUAGACUAUUCCAAGCUCGGCAAGACUUUCGGGCCGGCAUUCGAAUCUAAGUACCAUGGGCCUAUCAAGACUUGCGGAGAGCUAUCUACACUCCUUCAAGAUCCUAACUUUGGCAAUGUAGGCUGCCUUGAGUUGGUCGAACUCGUCUUACCUCCUCUCGAUGCACCAUCUGCUGUUAUCAAGACUGGUGCCGCUAUUGAUGCAUUCAACAAGGCCAAGGCUGAGCAUGGGGCCAGCGGUAUCCAGGGUGCUUGA